AUGUGCAUACUGCUCCAUGGAGUGAUUCUUGUGCCACUCGACGGAUUGAAACUUCUUCUUCUCCCCCUUGCUCUCCAUCGGGGAUUGAAUGAGUCGCCUGAUUUCGAGUCUCUGUCACAACGGUCGUCCCUCUUCUCGCCUACAGCAUAUCUGCGAUUCUGGGCAUCUCGUGAAUUCAAGCACACCGGAUGCCCUUGUACCAUGUCUCCUUGGCCCGAUGAUACUGUUUUUGUUUCUCUCCCUCACGAGUCCGAGGGAGUUUUCCCCGCCGCCCCGACUCUUGAGGCCGUCUUUGAUCUUGUGCACCAACUUUGA